AUGGAAAUUUCUAGUUCACCAUGGAACGAUGGUGGAUACAGCUCCUAUGAGAGUAGCAAAGCCGCUGUAUCACCAUUGUCAUCAGCAUUAGAACAUGAGGAACGGACAGAAAGCCGCCGGUCUUUGGGCGACCACUGUUUUCAUCCCUUACCUUAUGUGACAAACUACAUUUCUGUUUUUGCGCUAUUUGGUAAGGAGGUGUUUGGUGACAGGGGGAAUGUGAGCCUAAGAAAUGAAUAUCUGCUGAAAAAAUACUAUUCUUUGAAGAAGCCAUUCGUAUUACGACAUAAUAGUCAUGCGGUAAAGAAUCCAGACAUGCCGUCUCAGAGAAAUGACAUCUUGCAGACCAACUUCAUGGUGGACAAAUUUCUGAAUCGUACAGUGCGGUCAGUAAAUUUUAAUAAGUUCAAAAUAAUCUCCGAUAUACAGAGCAAAAAUACUCGAGGAGCAAAUACGGGCGCAAGUCUGGAUCAAGGCUCCGAGUCUUUUCAAAAUAUUUGUUUGCCAUCCAUACCAUCAACGAUGCCUUAUUUCCAAUAUUACAGGAAAUUAUUGACAGUAAAUACCAAAGAAUGGGAUAUUUUGAAAUUGCACAGUUUAUGGAUACCAAAUCUAAGAAAGAAUUUUAAGGACUUUUCACUGUAUGGUGAUAGAAACCCUUCAGAAAAGUCCACUGAUGAUAAUGGUGAAGACAUUAUUGUGAAGAGGGAUUUGUUUUUCGAGAGAGUCCCAGGUCGCCAGAUUUUUGAUGGUAGAGGUUAUGUCUCUGAAGGGUAUGAAAUUUCUUCUGGUAAUAUGGUUAUCCCGUCCCUAUUUUCGGAAGACAAGCUUCCUGCAUUAACAUACCAUUGUUCUGUCGAAUUAAAUGGGAACAUUUACCUAUUUGGGGGAUUAAUGCCGUGCUACAGCUACGAGGAGGAUGCACCAAUGUUAAACGAUUUUUUUGUAGACGGGAUAAAAAACUUACCUCCACCGCUGCUACCUCAAGUGAUCAAUAAUCCAUCAAUGGUAAAUAAUCCUCAUCUUUAUGUGGCUUCUGUAGCAUCGUGCCGUUUUUACAAACCUAAGAUGGGAGGUUAUAUACCACCCCCAUUACUAUGUGUUCAAGGGUCCAGAUUAACUGACCGACAUAUUUUCUUUUAUGGCGGGUUUGAAAUUAGGACAGAAACCCGUGGUGAUGAGAAUGGUAAGUAUCAUCUCAAGAAAAGAUUGUAUGUUAACAACACUGGCUAUAUUCUUGAUAUUGUAUCGUUUAAGUUUACCAAAAUAGACAUUAUAGUACAACCUUCUAAGUAUAAUGCAUAUCCGACAAUGUCAUCGAGGUUUGGUCACUUACAGAUUUCCAUUGAUAAUCCUAAUAGAAGAAAUAGCGUUCAUUCUGCAAGCACUAAUGAAAGUAAUAAAGUGGGAGGUGUUUCUGCAGGGCGAUUCGAACGACCUGCGGUACUUUCUUCGUCACCCCACAGUAAUUCCACUGCUUAUUGCGUGCACACAGUUAUCAUAUUUGGUGGCUACAGACAAACUGGUGAUGAUCGUUACGAAGCAAUGAAUGAUUUGUGGAAGAUUGAAAUACCUGUGACACGGCGUGGUAAGAAAGGUUAUUGUAAGUUUUCAGAGACAGCCAAUGCAAUACUCAUGACACCAAGGGAAAAGGACAAAUUAGAUUGGCCCGAAGAAAGAGCUUUUGCUGCGUUUUCAGUUCACGGAACGUCAUUAAUGGAUAGGAGUUCGCUUGAUAUGAGACUCCUGAACAAUUUAAAAAAGUAUUUCGUUAUAAAACCAUCAUAUAUAUCACAGGACCGUGCUGUUAGUCCUAAACCGGUUUUUCCCAUGAUGGUUCAUGGCACGCAUCAAGACCUUUUUAAUAAUGGCACUGCAGCAGAAGAAACCUCGACGGCUGGUGCCAGCGCCAGUGGUUCAAAUGCCGGUGAUCGCUUUGACCCCGAUAUCGAUCAUGAUUUUCAUAAUUUCAUGGUCAAACCAGGGAUAAAGUUGUCCGCUAUCCCCAUGACUGCAAUUGGUAAGCAGAGAUUAAUUUUGAGCCAAGAGAAGUGUAUCAGCAAAACAGUUGUAUUACAUGGAGGGUCCAACGGUCUCAAUGUACUUGAUGAUAUGUGGCUGAUGGACUUGGAAAGUGAGAAAUGGACACCAAUAGAGACAUUUGCGAGCUCAAACUCGAGCAAAAAUGAUGAUGAAAAAAUAGAUACUGUCAACGUAGGUCUCGUUGGCCACAAAAUGGAAAGCAUCGGACGAAUAUGCGUAUGUAUAGGCGGUAUGAUCCAAGAGGAUGUUGACGAAUUUUACUCGGAGGAUGCCGAUGAGCCUUCUCGAAAACGUAAUACCGACACAUUACCGUUGGGUUGUAAUUUUUUGAACACAAUUGAUUUGAGCACGCAAUGUUGGAAAGAACAUAAAAUUAUUCUAUCUAAAAAAGAAAAUGAUGAGAAUAAAAAUGAAGACACAAAUUCAAAUAUAUUAGUUGGUGUCGGUGGGACUUCUUUGCAAUGUGACAAGAGUAUUAUUUUAAUUGGCGGACUGGUGUCCAGAAGAACUAACCUAAAAGAAAUAUAUUUGCAUGGUACCAUAUUGAAAAGCAUUUUUCCUAGUGUAAACCCUAGUGCUUAA